CGGGAGGAGGAGAAGCAGUGGGGAGGCGCAGCCGCUCACCUGCGGGGCAGGGCGCGGAGGAGGGACCAGGCUGCGCGCUCUCGGGCCGAGGAGCCGGGACGCGCCCGCAACCCCGCACGCGGCCCAGCUCGGGGCGUCACCUCCCCCAGGCUCGGCGAACCCGAGGGGUGCAGUUCUUUGCUUUGACAAGCAGCCCGACGGAGGCGUGGAGAGCGGCGAGCAAGAGAGCGAGCGAGCCAGACUGAGAAACUCGAGCCGGGAACAAAGAGGGGUCGGGUUGUGUGUGUGUGUGUGUGUGUGUGUGCGCGCGCGCGCGUGUGUCUGUGUGUGUGUCGACUCCAGCUCCCGGCAGAAGCAUUUGGGUCCAAGGCCCCUGCUGUGAAUCCCCAAGACCCAGCCGUGCCCUCCACUGCCGACUCCCUUCGCUCGCCGGCACAAACUUUAUUCUUGGCAAACUUCUUUUCUUUCUCUUCCCCUCCUCCUCCGCCCCCACCUUCUCCUCCUCCUCCGGCAGAUUAAAUGCGCCAGGAGAAGGAAAACCGAAGCGAAAGGGAAGGAAAUAAGAAGCUCUAAAACGGACAUCUCCAACCCGGGUGGCUGGUUUUUGUUCGGUUUUGUGGUUUUUUUGUAAUACCCUCCAGGAAGUGGACAUUUCGUUGUCUUCAGAUUCUCCUUGCACCGUCUCUAUUGGGGCAAAGGGAGUCGUUUUGCCCAGCUCCCUUCUUUUCUCGGAAAACAAACUCCCAGAUUGGCAUCCAGGGAAGCUAGGGUGGAGAGGUUUGCGUAGAGACACGCCAACGGACCCUCCUGUGCACUUUGGAGAGUCGAACCUCCUCCGGAACCGGCGUCCACCGCGCGCAGACCCGGGAGACGCUGGUGGCGUGGGGUGGCCGCUGCGGCAGCCUAGCCUAGCCUAGCGCGCGCCGCGCAGACGCCCCCAGAGGCGCCGGCUGCGGCGGCCCUCGCAGUUCUGUGUCCUUUGGCCUCGGGGACGGGCGCCGGCGUUGGUCUCGGCGGAGUGGGAAGGCGCAGGCGGCUGCCCGGGCUCGGGCGCCGCUGCAGCUGCUCUGGUUGUCGGCCGCCAGCCCCGUGCUCGCCGGCCCGGCUUCCGCCCGCCCUCCUCCCUCACGCAUCCUUCCAAUUCUCCUUUUCUUCCCCCACCUUUCGUUGACCCAUUCUCUUUUCUGCUGUCGCCUGUGGUGCUCCCCCAGCGGAGCGGAGAUUACAGAGUGGUCGGGAUGCCCCAACUCUCCGGGGCAGGCGGCGGCGGCGGGGGGGACCCGGAACUCUGCGCCACGGACGAGAUGAUUCCCUUCAAGGACGAGGGCGAUCCCCAGAAGGAGAAGAUCUUCGCCGAAAUCAGUCACCCUGAGGAGGAAGGUGACUUAGCCGACAUCAAGUCCUCCUUGGUUAACGAGUCCGAAAUCAUCCCGGCGAGCAACGGACACGAGGUGGCCAGACAAGCACAAACUUCUCAGGAGUCCUACCAUGACAAAGCCAGAGAACACCCUGAUGAAGGAAAGCAUCCAGAUGGAGGCCUCUACAACAAGGGACCCUCUUACUCGAGUUAUUCAGGGUACAUAAUGAUGCCAAAUAUGAAUAAUGACCCAUACAUGUCAAAUGGAUCUCUUUCUCCACCCAUCCCGAGAACAUCAAAUAAAGUGCCCGUGGUGCAGCCAUCCCAUGCAGUCCAUCCUCUCACCCCCCUCAUCACUUACAGCGACGAGCACUUUUCUCCAGGAUCACACCCGUCACACAUCCCAUCAGAUGUCAACUCCAAGCAAGGCAUGUCCAGACAUCCUCCAGCUCCUGAGAUCCCUACUUUUUAUCCCUUGUCUCCGGGUGGUGUUGGACAGAUCACCCCACCUCUUGGCUGGUUUUCUCAUCAUAUGAUUCCUGGUCCUCCUGGUCCCCACACAACUGGCAUCCCUCAUCCAGCUAUUGUAACGCCUCAGGUCAAACAGGAACACCCCCACACUGACAGCGACCUAAUGCACGUGAAGCCUCAGCAUGAACAGAGGAAGGAGCAGGAGCCAAAAAGACCUCACAUUAAGAAGCCUCUGAAUGCUUUUAUGUUAUACAUGAAAGAAAUGAGAGCGAAUGUCGUAGCGGAGUGUACUCUAAAGGAAAGUGCAGCUAUCAACCAGAUUCUAGGCAGAAGGUGGCACGCCCUCUCCCGUGAAGAACAGGCUAAAUAUUAUGAAUUAGCACGGAAGGAGAGACAGCUCCACAUGCAGCUCUACCCAGGCUGGUCGGCCAGAGACAACUACGGUAAGAAAAAGAAGAGGAAGAGAGAGAAACUGCAGGAAUCUACAUCAGGUGGAAAACGAAGCUCAUUCCCAACGUGCAAAGCCAAGGCAGCGACCCCAGGACCUCUUCUGGAGAUGGAAGCUUGUUGAAAACCCAGACUGUCUCCAUGGCUUGCCCAGUCCACCCCAAAGGAGAAUUGACACCCACUUCACCCUGAGGUCACUGCUAGAGACGCUGACCCAUAAAGACAAUCACUGACAAACUCCCUUUCAUCUACUGCAAGAGCCAAGUUCCACAAUAAAGGACAGAAGGUUUUUUUUAAAAGAAAAAUGACAAAGCACAUGAGAAUGCUAGCAGGCCCAGGGUCAGCUGAGCAGCUUUUCUCCCCUCAUCUCUGCCGUGCACUUCCCAGAGCAUCCUGCAUCCAUACCUGUAACCUUCUGGCAAGGACAGUAACUUGGCUACCUUUGCCUGCCCCGAGCAACCGAGUGGCAGCCAGCACAGCCGGCAGCAUCCCCGCGGGGAACUUGUGGAAGAGUUCCCUCCUUGUUUCUGUCUUCAUUUUUCUUUCUCUUCUCCUAAAGCUUUUAUUUAACAGUGCAAAAGGAUCAAUUGUAUGUUUGCUUCUUUUUUUUAAACUUGAAUUUUUUUAAUUUACACUUUUUAGUUUUAAUUUUUUUGUUGUAUAUUUUGCUAGCUAUGAGCUUUUAAGUAAAAUUCAAAGAUCUGGAAAUGUUUGAAAUAAAAAUGAAAUGAAAAGAAGCUUUUUUUUUUUUUUUUUGAGUGAUAUCUUGUCUGCCAAGUGGCUUCUCUGUGAA